UGUAUUUAUUUUUUUGAGGCCUCUGUCAGUCAGUGGCCCUUGGAAUUGUCCUAAUUCCCCCCCUACAGGGGGCGCCACUGUAUAUGGCGCCACUGCCUACUCUGUGGGCAGAUGUGCUUGAACAGUGCUUUUGAAGUGUUCCCACCCUCCAUCAUUCUCCCUCAUGACGGCAGUGAGGAUUAUGAGUGGGUCGGCUUGGUGUGGGUGUGACAGAGGUUAGAGGGGCGGGUUUAGUGCUAUUCUGGAAAUCAUUUUGCGUAGCGCAUCUGUAUCGGCACAAAAACAGCGCUGGGAUGUGUGGACUCCUGCAUCGUCUCAGUGUGAUUCAUCCGUACACGGUAUAGUUUAUCUACCCGGUGCGUGUCCAUCCUAUUAAAGCAGGAAAUCCUCAGAUUAAACACUUAAACAGAAUGGAUGGACACAGUCUAUGCUGCUCAGGACUUCACCAUUAGUCUCCAUAUAUAACCCAUCAAAAACUAAAAAAGUCAAAAGAGUUACUGGAUCAGGUGAGAUCAUGGCACAGGUCGAGGAGUCUCACACCGAGGGAGAGGGCAGCCCCCAGAUGAUCUCCUUGAGGUCAGACAUAUCAGGGAACCACGUGGACGAUGGGGAAGUGGGGCCCUCCAUAAGGAGGAAGAGGAGGAAGAAGAAAGACCCGCGUCCGGAGUCCAUCAUUGUUUACCGCUCUGAGAUAGAGAGGGCGCCCGGAGAGGACCAAUGCAGUGAGGAGGGAGCAGAGAGGAGCACAGAGGAGGGAGCUAAAUUCCUUUCCACACCUACAGGCGAAGGAGGAGGAUGGAGCCUUCCCCCAGACAGCCGCUACGUGACCCUGACAGGCACCAUCACCCGAGGGAAGAAGAAGGGUCAGGUGGUGGACAUUCACCUCACAUUGACAGAGAAGGAAAUCAGGGAUCUGGCUAAGUCGAAGGAACGUCUCGACGCAGAGUGCGAGGCGGGGGAAGGCUCUAAACGCGCCUGCGGCUUCGGUGUGUGCCAGGGACCCCAUGUUGUCUUAUGGAGCCUCUCCUGCGCCCCUGUGAUUUUCCUCCUCUCCUUCAUCACGUCCUUCUACUACGGCACUCUCACCUGGUACAACGUCUUCCUGGUGUACAAUGAGGAGCGGACGUUCUGGCACAAGAUUACGAUAUGCCCCUUCCUCAUCAUCUUUUACCCCAUGCUCAUCAUGCCCAUGGCGCUGUCUCUGGCUCUGUACUCCGCCGUGGUGCAGGUGUCCUGGGCCUUCAGCGAGUGGUGGCAGGCUGUGAGGGACCUGGAGAAAGGCUUCUGCGGCUGGGCCUGUGGGAAACUGGGACUGGAGGACUGUUCCCCCUAUAGCAUAGUAGAGCUGCUUGACUCUGAUACCGUUUCUGGCACUCUGCAGAGCAAGGCUCCCAGUGAACUUGCCCAGACGUCAUCAGUGUGAAGCGAGGGGACACUGAGGUCCAUGGCACAUAUGGGUGUAGGCCUGAAUCAAAGUGAUUCGAAAAAUGUGCCAGAACAUUUAAGCCCGUCACAGGAAAGUACUUGGAAGCUGUUUCACUAUACUUUUCUGUUAAUGACAACUUAUCAAACACUGCCUAUUCUGUCCUGAAAUGCUUAACUAUUACCACAAAAUUUAUAAAGCAUUACUGGAUCCAGAUCACUAUGAAUUAUUCCUCUGAGCAUGGGAAUGGUAAUGUUGGAUAAUUUUUACUUUUACAUUUUUUGUUUUUAGAGUUAUCCUCCAAUCACUGAAUCCCACUCAAAGAUCUUUUGAUAUAUGCAGGCCAUGGUGCCUCCUGUAGUAAAGCUUAGAUAAACUGGCUGUGGAUACACACAUGAUGUCGGAGGCCUGAAGGUUAAAACAAGUUUCACUUCAUCUGUAAAUAUCUGUAAUUAAAUGUACUUGUGUGUUCUGAGCUGUGCACAGACGUUUGAAACAGGAUGCAUUUCAAAGGCUGUCUUGUAUGUGAAGGCUUCAUAAUCACUCUGUGAAGUUGAAUAUAAGGCUGGAUUACCAACUGGAAAACUGCCCCGAGGGCUCCGGAUGUGUCAGUUACUUUGUUUGAAUUUGAUUAAUUACUGGUUUGAUUGGAAAUAUGCACCAUUCAGCACAAUAUUGCCCAUAACAAGAAGCACCUCAGGGUGGGCAGUGUCUGGUGAAAGGGUUCAGUGUCAGCAUCUAGUUUUCAAAGCUUUUUUAAAGGGUAGGUCUGCAUUCUUUUUGGGGGUUUUUUCAAAUGCAAACAAACAGUCAAAAAAGUGACACAGGUUAGGCUGUGUUCACAUCAAAUCCGGUGUUCACUUUUUUUGUGUGGUGUCUGAGAGACCACUAGACUUUUGCAUUUCCGCUCAGCCCUCUUUUCAGACUUUAGAAAAUCUAGCCCAUAUCUAGAGACUUUCGCCAAUCACAGGUCAUUUCAGAGAGUUUGUGU